AUGGCCAAGGUGAGGCCCCCCACGCCGACCUACCCUCCGGAAGAGCAACCGGUUUCCGAGGAGAAUCGCGCAACCGUGACCAAGAAAGUGCCGGUGAAUCUGCCGGAGAGUAACCCGGAGAGGCGCGACAUACCCCCGGAUUUGCCCAAGGUACCGCGUCUAAUCGAUUCCCUACGGUGGCACAUCGCUCGCUUCCACAACAAUUGGAGCGCCGCCGCCGCCGCCGCCGGCGAGCUCCCCUUAGCGGAUUCGCGGUACCGCCCGAAGGAGUUCCUGCAUUACCUCAACCCUAUCUCUGUCUACCGGCUUCCGCCUCCGACGACUUUCCGAGAGCUCCCGCCCAGGUGCCGGCGACGCGAGGCCCUCUACUCCUUCGUCUUCUCUUCGAAUCCGCGCUCCAUCCGCAGGGCGCCGCUCAGCCGGGAGUCCCUCUCGCAGUUCCUCUACGACUCCCUCGCCGUCGCCGAGGGCGAGAGAGACGGCGCCACCGGAUUCCUCCCCCGCGUCAACCACAGCUCCGGCGGCUCCCACCCCACCGUGGCCCACGUCUUCGCACCUCCCGUGCUGGACCUCCUCGAAGAACCAUUUGCCGCCCACUACUCCCCCGAAGGCCACGCCCUUGAGGUGCGAGCUCUCCUCGAUUGGGAUUUCUUCUGCAAGGAACUUCCGCCCAAGGCCAUGAUCGUGGGGAUUUCUACCAUCUACUGGCGCGAGGUGUGGCGGCACGGAGACCGUGCCUUCCGCUACUGCCAUCUCGACGUCGGCCAGGCCAUCGCUGCCGUCGCCUUUGCCGCCGCCGCCCUCGGCUGGGGCGUCAGCCUGCUCGACGGCCUGAGUCGGCUGGACCUGGAAACUCUCAUGGGGCUCAGGCCCUUCCGGACCUCCGGAUGCUUUCGCGGACGGGAGAGGCGGGAUAAUUUCCCCAGCGUCGAGCUACAGAACCCCGUCUGCGCUGUCCUCAUCUUCCCUGCGGCGGCACCAAAGUUUCGGAUCAUCUACAGAAGCUUGAGCGACGCCAUCUCCAGGUACUUCGGCUCCGUCGCCUGGGCGGGGGAGCCUUCCCCACUCGCCGGCGGAGUCCACAUCAUCUAUCACGAGAUAUACAGAACCAGUGCAGCUAUCGAGAGGUUUUGGACGUGUAACCAGGAGCUUCUCAUCGAGCCGAACAGAUUAUUACAGAGCAGAUCGUUUCCUGAGCUCCUCGGGUACGAGAACUUGACGGUGAGGGAAGCCUGCAGGAGCCCUAGGAGCCGUCUCUUGAUGGACCCAGGACACGAGCUGGAUCCGGAGGCGUUCUACCAGUUCCUCUACCACUGUCUUCCAUCUGGGCAUCCGGAAGCCUCACUGUGGCAGAAGCGGUGGAGUUUCCCUUUCAGGGUUUUCCGCUGGAACAGUAGGAUCGAGGUCUUCAUCGCGGUUAACCGGGUGAAGAAGUUGGCCCGUGGUCUCUAUUGCCUGGUGAGAAACGCAGAAAAUCUCCAGUCCCUGAAGCGCACGUGCUCCCCCUUCUUCCGGUGGGAGCAUUCGCGAGAGUGGUCGAGAGACCUGCCCCUCUAUAGGCUCCUGCUGGGGGAUCUCGAGGAGAAGAUAGCAGAGAUUGCCUUCGAUCAGGUCGGCCAUUUCGAUUCCUUCCUUUCAUAUUCAUCUCCUUUCUUCUUCUUCUUCUUCUUCUUCUUCUGCUGCUGCUGCUGCUGCUGCUGCUGCGAGGAAUUCAUUCUUUCAUCUGAAAUUCACGUGUGCCGGUCAUCCAUCUUGUUUUCUGAGGCGCAGCCUGUCGCCAUGAACAGCUGCUUCACCAUGAUGAUGGUUAGGGUCUGUGGUGGCGUGCCUGGUUCGGUGCCGUCGAAUUAUCCUCAGCUGUUCUGGGAGGCUGGAGUUCUUUGUUACUUGCUUUCCCUCGACGCCUAUGCAAUGGGUCUGACAGCGUCUGGGAUUGGCUCCUUCUUCGACAAACAGGGUGCGCUCCUCCCCUCCGACCUGCAGUCACCAUUUUUUUUUUUUGAAUUUCCUUUCUGUCUGCUGACGUUUCUAGAAAUAAUCAUGGCUUUCCCAACCCCCCCACGAGAAAUCUGGAUAAUCUGCCGUACUAUUCCAAUUUGUUUUUUCCAAAUUUGGGUUUUUUUUUUGGUUUGUUUGCUCAUGAUCUCGAUAUCUUGAAAUGUUGGUAAAUAAAUAACUAAAUAAAUAAAUAAGUACAUACAUGUAGGUCAGAGUCUGACUUCAUCCCCAUUGGUUCGCAGCUAGAAGAUUACUUGACCCCGGCAGUGGCUUGAUCCAGACUCUCUGCCUUUGUGCGGUAGGGAAGCCGCGUACUCGUCCGGAGUGA